AUUGUGCUGGUGAUUGGCGGAUAUUUGAUUGUGGAUCUCCACAGCUGUUGCAAUGGAUAAAUUAAAGCAGUUGUUUUCACGAGAUGAUGAUGAACAAGGAAUAUUCACAGACGUCGAAAAUGGUUGUUCUUUGAGCUGGAGUACACGUAUUAAAGCGUUUAUCAUAUGUUUAGUAGUGGGUGUCGUGAUGUCACUAAUGGGAUCCUUAUGUUUGUGGUUGCCUGGAGCAGGUAUCACACUCUUUGCACUGUUUUAUACGCUUGGCAACAUAUGUUCUUUGGGAAGCACGAUUUUCCUGAUGGGACCCGUAAGUCAGUUAAAGCGUAUGUUUCAGGAGACUAGAAUUUUCGCAGCAGUAAUCAUGCUGGUAUGCUUGGUUCUCACAAUCGUUUUCGCACUACUGGGUCUUCGUCUCCUGUGCUUAAUAUUUUGCAUUCUCCAAUCGUUGGCGUUGACAUGGUAUUCACUUUCGUACAUCCCUUAUGCUAGGUAAUCCCGUUAGUUAUUUGUUCAAUAUUUCUGUCAUGUUUUUGAUUAUAUUACUGUGCUUAACUUAAUAUAAUUUCAAAUAAUUGAUGUCUUGGCUAAGCUGAUUUUUCGAUUUCUUCAUCAACAUUUCCUUUGUGGUUAGAUCUGCAUUCGGUAACAUUUUCGUUAAAAUAGUUAAUCUCCAGUAUUUUUAUCACAUGCUUGCAUAAACCGAUCAAUUUCAUUGAGCUCGCUUCUCGUUGUUUCGGUACGGGUCUAGGCAUUUGAUAAUAUCUACUAGGUGGUAAUCUAGCCUCGACUGGAUUAAUUCUAGUCAUCUUUUAGUUGGUAAUUUCGUGCUAGUUGGUAUUCGUUAACAAGGAGUAUCUGCAACUGUUUGGAAACUAAACAAUAUCGAUUCACUUGGACUUAUGUUCACAUUCUAGUUCAAUCGACAAAAUUUGAUCGCACUCAGGUCCAAACAAACAUGAAAUUAGUUUUAAUCACUAAGUGAUUGAAUACUCUCAAUCCUACGGACCAUUCAUAUCCCAAAUAGCUCAUCAGUAAUCUCAGAGUGUACUACUAGAUAUUGUGAAUACAAAUCCUAUUGGACCCAUUAAUCCACUCAAUGUUCCAGGUAAAUCUUGCUAAUGAGUGCUAACUAGCACGAAACCUAGUUUCAGGGUUGCUUACCGACUACCUCCAUCCAUGUAAUAUGCAAUUUAAUAAAUAUAUUAGUUGACAUACUGUAAAUGGACGUGUUUCAUAAUUCAUGUCUACUUCGCUACUUCUAAAGCGUUUCAAAAACGUGCUUAAAAGCACCUUAGGUUACGUGGAUACUUAAAGUCUCGACUUUAUUAGUACUAACCACAAAUAGUGUUAAACAAAGAUGUCCAUUCCUGCCAUAAGUGGCAUACACAAAGCAUUUUGUAAUUAAGGAUUCAAAAAUGAAAAUGAUGACUUGAACCGAAUAAAGACUAUCUGUAGUGUUAAUAUUUUAUUUAUUUAUUUGAACACAUAAAUAUUGAUACAAGAGGGCACCAAAUACAUAUGCGCCACACGUAGUGUUAAUAACAUUUUCUUGUUCUUUAGUUUUCAAGAGUCAUUGUUUAUUGGUGCUUGAAUGAACUGGUACAAGCACAAAGUAAUCAGUAUGUCACUUUGAAUGUUAAAUAAUCGUUAGUUUCGUAAAUAUUUAGUGGCGAAUUUCAACUACUUAGGGUGAAUACCAAAGAGCCGUAAAAUUAACUCAUCCAAAUUACAUCGAAGUAACCUUAUUAUUAAAGUAUGUCUCAAUUUAGACUGACGGUAUUUCGAAAAUGUACCGGUGUGCAAAUUACUGCUAGUAUUGAGAAUAAUUUAUUCACAGUGAUUAAAACAUCGACAUAAUAUUCCACAACCAUGUAAUCUUGCAUAUUUUCCAAGAAUUUUCUCUAGUUUGUCACUAAAUAAACCAUCAUUACAAGACGUCUGUUAAUCAUUACUUAUGGAACAAAUAGUAUACAUCAAACUUGACAUAACAAUUGUGACUCUGAAACUUUUGAACAUACCUGCACUUAGUAUUAAAUUUUAACAUGGUGAUAACUGAAUUUUCCUGGACUAUUUCUACUCUUUAUACUAUGUUUAAAGUUUAGAUACCAAUUAUUUGACAAGAUCGGUAAUAAAAAAGUUUGUAAACUAGAUUUUAUCGGUUAAACUCUUACUAGUACCAUGAGGUUCAUAUCAAGACCAGUAUAGAGUAGAGCUCAAUUUAUUGUCUGUUAUUACUUAAGGGUCAUAACUAGCUUGAUGCUUGCACCAAGGGAGCAGUUAGCAGGAACUGACUAGUUAAUUGCAGAGGUCUUUAAGUGCAGUGACCCAAGAUCUUAUCAUAGGAUUAGUUAAUAUGUUAAAUAAAGUUAAGGAGCUGAACACAAUUCUGUCCUACUAAUCCUCAUUACUAAGAGUUGAUGCUUACAAGAAGGGACAAAAAUCUUAUUGUAACGACAGAAAUUAAUCCAACUGAUAUAGUUUAUCAACCAUUCAUUUCUACAGUUAUAUUUGAUGCUUAAGUACAGACAUUUCCUCCAGUAAAUUUACGAGUAUUAGCCUGUAGCAGUGAAAUUUUGUCCAAUUUGUUAAUGGCAAUUCUUUGACUCACUUGGAUAAUGUAAGAAGAAGACGAAGGUUAUCAUAAUUAUGUGGAGUCUUAGCGCAAUCCAUUUCGAACAAUUUGAUCGCAUAUGUUAAGAAUAUUUAUGUAUAAAAAUAUAAGGUUAACUAGACAAAUUGAGUGUAGGAGAAAACGAUCUUAUGACCCAUUGCCCGGUCAUAAGGUUGAUUUUAACUCGGUUUUCGUGGUAUCGUACAAAAGUGUUAAAUGACGUAUACCACGGUAUAUUGAAGCCUUGGCCAUACGAAAUUUCAAAACUCUCUGUGUAUUCAGAAACUGUUUGUUCUCACCUUAAACCUACCCUAGUAAUAUUAGUUUGUUAUCCUGCGUGGCAAGUUUUACACUAUUUUUGUUUUCUCUUACCUUCUAUUUGUUUAAUUGACCUAAUUUCGCAUAUAUAAAUGUUUUAACAAUUAUAUGUAUGAGCAGAUCGUUCGAAAUGUAUUAAGCUAUUAUGUCACAUAGUUCUGAUAAUCUUUCUCUUAUCACACUAUCCAAAUUUGACUCGUUUGCCCAGCCAUUUAUUCACAUUUUAAACGUUCAUUUAUAUUCAAUAAGACUUUUGAAUAAAAAUGAGACACAAAAAUACCAUAAAUUUCAACUACACUUGUACUUAUUUGUGCUAAAAGCAUAUACAAAGUGUUUUACUAUGUUUGUGUAACCUAACCUCUACGAGUUGGGGAUGUUAAGUGACUUUAUUUGAUCAUCGUUGUUUUCGAAGGAUUGCUGACAUUCAGUGGUAAUAUGAUGUUAGUUAUGUGGGUGUUCGGUAACGUGUGUUCGGACACAGUGACGAUAAUUCAAUUAUUGUCACCAACUUGAAACACCGACUUCUUUUGCUUGGACAUGUACUAUGAAUGUCGUAUCAGCGAGUUACAUAUCGUCUAUUAUUUGCCGACGCUGGGACCGGUUGGAAAAAAUUGAGGUAGUCGGUGUAUGACAUAGUACUGAGUAUGAAAGGAAGCUGUACAGGACUGGCAUCUGUCGGUUCUUCAUGACUUCAUGGUUGGAAACUUAGAGAUAAUGUAGCACAUUGGCCGUGGAGACGUUAACAGACAUGGCUCAAAAUAGAAGUCAGUAACGAUUCUUCUGUAACUUUCUUUUACUUGAUGAAAGUGAGAGUAACUUCUAUAUCUGAAAGAAUGCUUUGUGGUUGUACUUUUUUAACUGAACUGCUUCUCCAAUUAUUACUAAUGUUAUUUCACUCAUACACUCAUUUCCAUUCAAUUUUAUUGGUUUUAUUCUUAUCAAACUAACCCUCGUUUCUCUGUCUGUUAACGAUCUCAUUUUCAUUGUGUGGCGCAUGUAUAUUAUGGUGGCCCUAUAUACCAAUAUCUGUUUAAAUAAAAUUGUGCUAAAAACAUAAACAAAUUGUUUUGAUUACUCAUUACUAAUCUGUUAAAGCAUUUAUAGUAGCGUUAGUUAUGACGGUUUUCCAAUUUCAUCUUAACAGGUAAUACUGUCUGGCUUUAUGACAUUUUAGUUCACUGUAGGUUUUUCAUUAGCUAGGUUCUAAUGAAAGAUAUCUGUACUUAUUUUUGAGAUAGACCAAACACUAGUAUUCUAUAUUAUUAGAUAUACUAAUAUUGUUGCGCAUAUAUUCUGUGCCAACUUUGGAUGACACAGAUAUGCCAGUUUGUAUAUUAUUUAUAACUAGCUCACUGGUAUAUGUUAACUUGUGUGAAUAAAUAAGUUUCAAUAGAGCAGUGAUUUAAUAUUGUAGAUACUCCAUCUUUCAUUUGAGAAGUACUAUUCUCAUGGUGCACUUUAUACACUUCGAUUUAACUGGCCGAUUAGUAUUAGUACCAGUCAAACAAGUAGGCUUGAAGUCCCUUGAAUACAAUUGAUCUCUAUAUUCCACUUGAGUAAGGGAAUUCUCGGAGUUCUAUUGAAAAGCCGUGACUAGUGGAACCAAUCCGUAUCGGGUAGAUUCAGGUAUCUACCUCAGUACAAUGAAAGAUCGUCGAUCGAUUUCGUUGAUUAGUUGAAGUUAGACAUUAACACCGCUGGAUGCCGGCCGACUCAGUGGCGUAGUGGAGAAGUAGGAUUAUUAAAGCAGUACAAUGUAUUUUAAAAAGAAAAUCUCUUUCAACUAUUCUUUACAACAUACGACAUUUUAUGGAUUAUUCUAUUCAUUUGAUUAUAUUUUACCUUUUAUCCCCUAACCCAUGAUAGUCUUUUGUUGCAUAACGUAAUAUGCUUAUAUGUCUUAUAUAUCUCUUACUAAUAACUUAACUAUAUUUCAUUAUUAUCUUGUUGUUUACAGGGAUGCAGUGAAACGAUUAUGUUCUUCAUGUGUUGGAUGAAUUUUCUUCUUUUUUUUAUAUAAAUAUAUCAGAUUAUGAAUAAUACUAUUUAUGUAAAAUUGCAAAAAAUCGACAACUACAUCAGACUAUUAUUACUGUGUGUAACUGAUCUCUGGCGCCUGAAUUUGUAAUAUUCCUCGAUUGGUUUGAUGUAUUUUUUUAUCUUUUCAUUUUUGCAAUCUCUUUGAAUAUGACUAUGUUUUUCUUUUUGUUUGUCGUAAACUAACAAACAAAUCCUAUGGAUUGAUCAUUUAUCUCCAUGUGAACAAUUUAUUCUUCUGAUUAACCAGUUUUUAUGGAUCGAUCAAUGUGCCUUCAAAACUUUGUACCUUAGAUAUGAACCAAAGAAUAUUAAUUCCUUUUUUUAUAACAUUAUGAUUUGUGAUCUUGUAACGUCAUUAUACCAUGGUAAGUUGUACUGUUGUGAUACAAGCUGAAAUGAAAAUAUGUUGUUUUAAGUCUUUAUCUGUUCUUUGAAUUUAUAUCAACAACAACAACAAAAAAAAGCCCGGUUCAAAUCCGAUUGAGUAACAUUGCUUACUUCAUAAGUGUAUAUACUUGGUCCCUGAGAUGUUCUGAUUAGUUAAACUUCUUAUAGCCAUUCAGUUAUUCUAUUUACAGUAGAUUCAAGUGUAUUACCUUGGUUUGUUUGAACAUCCUAUGCAUAAACCGAU